GGCCCAUACUGGGCUAUAUAAUACCAUGCAUGUUUUCCCAGUAAAUAUUCCCUGUCCACGUCCAACUGUUUGAUCACAUCACGGACUGACCAUUCUUUUCCUCUCAAGCCUAUGUCGCACUGCCACUGCUCCACCCCACGCGCGAUGUUUGCCCCUGGCCUUUCCGAGCGCUGCCGCCACUUGGCGCGGCGCCUCCGCGCGCGCUGCACGACAAGCUUCGACGAGGACGCUGAGCACGUGCAGCGCUACGCAGCCUGGGCCAUGGGGCACCGCUCCGCGGCCGAGGGCGUGCGGACGGCGGCCUGCACCUUGAAGGAGGCCGCCAAGGCCUUGGAAGCCAUUGAGGCUGAGCUGGCCGAUCUCACCAGCUCUGUGAAAGGUGUCCAGCAGCAGACAGUGAAAUUGGAAUCUCUCUUUGGUCGAGGACCAGAACAAGAUCUCAAGCCGGCCUGUCUCGCCACGCUGGCUGAGCGUUUGGCGACCGCUGCGCACGCGUCAUUGGAGAUGACCAGCUGUUUGCCUGGCUCCACCGUCUGGGUGAAGCUCCCGGAUCCUUCCACUUGCGCGAAUACCUUGGAGGCCACUGCCCAGGCCUUGGAGGAAGGCCACCAGAUGCUGGAGGAGCUGCGUGCACGGCUCCUGGCGGCCGAGCGGCGCAUGUGGGCCGCUGAAGAGGUCGAGCCAGGACCAAGCGGCAAGGGCCAUUCCGAGUGCCACAAGAGCCAAUCACCUCCCACAGAUUGGAAGAGGGCCCGCGAGUGCCUCAAGUGCCUCCGUCGGGGUUCCCGACCAACUCCUGUGGCCGCCGCCAUGGUUGUGGACGCACUGAAUCAGAGCUUCCACGUGUUCGAUGAUUUGACCGCACAACUGGCCCGGCUCUUCGAAGAGAUGGUUUGCUUGGACACAGAUGUGAGCUCCCUUUACCCGUCCUUGCUGGCGGCUGCAGAGGUGCAGUCGGAGCUCUUGGGCUGGAAGCUCCAGUGGCAAACUGUUUUGAGCAAUGCGCCGCAGGCAGCGUCACUUCCACCUGGCUUCGAGGAGUUUCUGCAGACGGUCUUGGCAGUGGGAGAUGUGUUGGCCAACUCGGCGGAGUCCUUGGAGCAACGAAGGAAGGUGAUGGUCGAAGAGCUGAAGACUUCCAUCGAGAUCCAAGCCGCGAGGAAUUGCUGCCGCGAAGGCGAAGCUUCGCUGGCCGUGAGAGUAAACUGAGAUGCUGGCGAGAUGCGCCUCGGGGCAAAUCGCCAGGGUACGCCUCUGUUUGGGGGCCCGAAACAGCUGGCUGUGAGUUACAUUCCGGACCUAUAGAACUUGUAUAGACUUGGUAGUCUGAGGGUUGAGCCAUGAGGCCCCUUCACUGUAAAGGACUGCUCAACCCUGUGACCGCCACCUUGCAUGCAGCCGGCCACCGUUUGUACAAACUGCCGCGCUGAGAGACCUUGUACUGAGUGGGUGCUCCUGCUUUGCUUCGCCCGGCAUUACGUCACCGUGUACAGGUUGCUUGCAGGUCACUCACAGAUUCCUUGCAGAUGGACCACAUCAAGAGAAUUGGUUUUCCACAGUCUGGCCAGACCCCCGACUGCCGCAAUUCGACCAAAAAA